AUGCAGGUCCCUGACAAGGCCGCGCGCCUGGAGCAGCUGCGGGCUGCAGUCAACGAGGCCGGCAGCAAGCUCUCGCCAGACGCGCAGCGCGCGUGUGUGGAGCAAGCGGUCGAGCAGUUCCACAGGAACAACGCAGUUGUGUCAGAGUUCGAGCUCCCCUUGUCGCGCACGCUGGCCGCCCUUGGCCGCGCCGCAGCGUCGCUGCGCGCGCCGCUGCUUGCGCUGCUGCUGGCGGCCGUGGCGGCGUGGGUUGCGCUGCGGUGGCAGCCGAGGGCGGGGUCUGCCGCGGCUGCUUGA